AUGGUCAACAAUCCAAACAAACUGGUAGAUCUACGAAGAAAUCUCUCCCAAUUUGAGAGAAGGCUCAAGGAAGGAUUGGUCGAGGGUUCUUCUAAUGGGAGAGAGGUUGCUUAUUUAGAUACAUUGCCUGUGUAUGUCAAGGAACUAAUAGCUGGAGGUGCUGCAGGAGCAUUUGCUAAAACUGCUGUUGCUCCACUCGAAAGGAUUAAGAUCUUAUUGCAGACUCGAACUCAAGGUUUUCAGUCUCUUGGAGUCUAUCAAUCACUGAAAAGACUACUAAAGCAUGAAGGGCUUCCAGGAUUUUACAAAGGAAAUGGAGCUAGUGUUCUUCGAAUAGUUCCAUAUGCAGCAUUGCAUUUCAUGACAUACGAGCAGUACAGAUGUUGGGUGUUGGACAACUACACUGGAUUAUUAGGGACGGGGCCCGUUGUAGAUCUCUUAGCCGGCUCAGCAGCUGGAGGCACUGCUGUCUUAUGCACUUAUCCUCUCGAUUUGGCUCGCACCAAACUCGCUUAUCAAGUUGUGGAUGAAAAAGCAAGUUUGGGAAAUGGUUCUAAAAGUAAAAGUAUUACUACUACACAGCCUCGCUACAGUGGCAUUAGAAAUGUUUUACAAAGUGUCUAUACAGAGGGUGGUAUGCGUGGCUUGUAUCGAGGUGUAGGUCCAACACUUAUUGGUAUUCUGCCAUAUGCUGGUUUGAAGUUUUAUAUUUAUGAGAAGCUGAAAAGACAUGUUUCUGAAGAGCAUCAGAGAUCAAUCAUGAUGCGUUUGUGUUGUGGUGCUUUGGCUGGUUUAUUUGGCCAAACCUUCACAUACCCUUUAGAUGUUGUUAGAAGGCAGAUGCAGGUUGAAAAUAUGCAAGGGUUGGGGGGUGGGAGACAUAAGAAUACAUGGCAGGGGAUCACCACUAUUGUCUCUCAACAAGGAUGGAGGCAAUUAUUUGCUGGCCUCAGCAUAAAUUACAUCAAGAUUGUUCCUUCGGUUGCGAUUGGUUUCACAGCAUAUGACAUGAUGAAGUCAUGGCUUCGCAUCCCUCCUCGACAAAAAACGCAAUCAAUCUCAGCUGCAUAAAUUUCCAAACACAUUUUAUGCAAAAUUUAGACCCCUAAAAGGCAAUGCAAAAAGUAAUAUUUUAAAGAGAAGCGUAUACUUAAGCUUUUAAAGUUUCAUUAGAAGAUAUAUCUAUUGAAAGCUUUGAAAGAAAGAGAAAGAGAUAGACACAGAGUUGACUGAUGAUGUGGUGAAGGCUGCUUUGGGAGUUGAACCAAAAUGUAGAAUGUUUCUUUUUACAAUCUGUGUUUAGGGACAUUAUUCCCACUUGUAAAUAGUUUUUUAUGGAUGAAAUGACACAAAAUUAGACGUUGAAAUCAAAAAGUUUUUAUUUUUUGAGCUUUUGGCUA